UCCAGACAUGACCAUGAUCGACAGAGAGGGAAAUGUGCAGAGAAGCCUGUGAGCAGUCAAGGGUGCAGAAGUGAUAUAAACCAUCACUCUUCAGGGAACCAGGCUUCCAGUCACAGCCCAGCUGCACCCUCUCCACGAAUUGCUCGGCCGUUCACUGGAACUCCUGGGCCUGACCCAGCUCCCUGCUAGUCCCUGCGGCCCACAGUUCCCCGGACCCGACUCCCUUUCCCAGAACGCAGUAGUCUAAGCCCUUAGCCUGCGGUUCUCUCCUAGGCCCCAGCCUUUCCUGCCUUCGACUGAAACAGCAGCAUCUUCUAAGCCCUGGGGGCUUCCCCAAGCCCCAGCCCCGACCUAGAACCCGCCCGCUGCCUGCCACACUGCCGCUUCCUCUAUAAAGGGACCCGAGCGCCAGCGCCCAGGACCCCGCACAGCAGCAGGUUCUCCACAUGACACUGCUCGGCCGUCUCCACCUCUUGAGGGUGCUUGGCACCCCUCCUGUCUUCCUCCUGGGGCUGCUGCUGGCCCUGCCUCUAGGGGCCCAGGGACUCUCUGGUGUCCGCUUCUCCGCUGCCAGGACAGCCCAUCCACUCCCUCAGAAGCACUUGACCCAUGGCAUCCUGAAACCUGCUGCUCACCUUGUUGGGUACCCCAGCAAGCAGAACUCACUGCUCUGGAGAGCAAGCACGGAUCGUGCCUUUCUCCGACAUGGCUUCUCUUUGAGCAACAACUCCCUCCUGAUCCCCACCAGUGGCCUCUACUUUGUCUACUCCCAGGUGGUUUUCUCUGGAGAAAGCUGCUCCCCCAGGGCCAUUCCCACUCCCAUCUACCUGGCACACGAGGUCCAGCUCUUUUCCUCCCAAUACCCCUUCCAUGUGCCUCUCCUCAGUGCGCAGAAGUCUGUGUAUCCGGGACUUCAAGGACCGUGGGUGCGCUCAAUGUACCAGGGGGCUGUGUUCCUGCUCAGUAAGGGAGACCAGCUGUCCACCCACACCGACGGCAUCUCCCAUCUACACUUCAGCCCCAGCAGUGUAUUCUUUGGAGCCUUUGCACUGUAGAUUCUAAAGAAACCCAAGAAUUGGAUUCCAGGCCUCCAUCCUGACCGUUGUUUCAAGGGUCACAUCCCCACAGUCUCCAGCCUUCCCCACUAAAAUAACCUGGAGCUCUCACGGGAGUCUGAGACACUUCAGGGGACUACAUCUUCCCCAGGGCCACUCCAGAUGCUCAGGGGACGACUCAAGCCUACCUAGAAGUUCCUGCACAGAGCAGGGUUUUUGUGGGUCUAGGUCGGACAGAGACCUGGACAUGAAGGAGGGACAGACAUGGGAGAGGUGGCUGGGAACAGGGGAAGGUUGACUAUUUAUGGAGAGAAAAGUUAAGUUAUUUAUUUAUA